CUUCAUAUAAGCGACGGUGGUUGUCAGUCUAAAUAACAACACCCUUAGAUUGGAACGGUAAUUUCGUUAGUUCCUUCUAAUUUGCAGGAAAAGUGAUAAUAUCUAUCUUCAAUCUUGACAGUCUUCCGUCGAAGCGAUUACCUACCCUGUCUCGUCCUUAACUUUCUCUGCGGGAAAAUUUCAAAAGGAAAAUCCACUUUUAAUUUUUCACACAUAAAGAUUUGAUUCGGGAGCCUAGUAUACGUAUGAGUGCACGCCACUUACAGUGCUUUUAAAUAAUCGUGAUUUUAUUUUGGGGGAGUGCAAGGAGGGUGUUUUAAUUUUUCACUUUUCUCCCUUCAGAGGAGAUGUUUGUUUCGUGUAUUUGCCAUCCGAUAUUGACGGGGAUGUUUAGAGAAUUAUAAACCCUCGUGGCAGAACAUGUAACAUUCUGUUUCGUCCGCAGUUUUGACGUCAAGCUCGUUUCUACCCCUGUACAGUGGUGUUGUGGCAAUUUCCCUCAUGGCAAAAAAUUCAAUGUCGCGUCUGUUUGGCCGUGUAAAGCCUCGCGACAAUUGAAUAUGUGUACGAAAAAGUGCUAAGAGGUUUUCCGACGAGUACAUAGGUUUUAUGAAAUGGUGGAAAAUUCAAAGCUCGUAAACACAUCGAGAAUUACAUAAAAAUCGGAGCAGUUUAUGGAGGUGUAGUUUGUAGAGCAAUUAAGGUUUGUGUAUGAAAAGUUCUUCGUGUUAUAUCUAUCGUAAAGGGUAAAAUCACCACUCGAAAUGUUCAUCCUGGAUCCAUUAUUUACGUACGUGCGGAACCUGCCUCUCUAGCGCUAAAGCAAUUUAUCAUUAGUCCUCGGCCUGAGAGUGUAUGAAUUGCCGGUCGUUCUAUUCGCGGUGAUUGUGUUGCAUUCGCGUAUCGUUCCAGAUUCUAUCUAGUAUCUUUUCGACAACGAUAAAUUUGAAAGAGGAAUUUAGGAGCCAACUGACAAGGAAAAGGAUUCGAAAGGAUGAGCCAAGUCUGUAAGGAUGCACGCCGUAUGAUGCGGUAGCUUCCCUAAUUUGGCAAACUCUGUAGCCAAAACGGUUGCACUGAGAAAAUCAGAUACAGUGCAUAUCUCCCACCGUUCUGUUGAACAUGGAUUGGAGUUGGGCGCUGGAGGGCGUAACAGAAGCGAUGCCGCGUACUACUGGCCCAGAAUGUGUUGGAUUUUUAUCGACUAGACGAAAAAUCGCCGAAGGAAUCCUAAUGACGGCAGUGUGCAUCAUCACUUUGAAAUGGGCCAUUCAAAGGAUACAGCCCAUAGCGAAUGUCCCAAAUAGUAACUAUCCACCACACUAUCCACGACAUUCGUCGUCGACGCUGCCGCCGUCAUCGUCCUUGCCCAAUUCACAAGAAGUAGUGACCGGUAAACAACUAUUACUCGUAAUAAUGACAUUCGUCCUUGGGAUAGAAAUGGGGUUUAAACUUUCGACGAAGACGAUGAUUUUCGCAUUGAAUCCAUGCCAUAUCACAACGAUUAUACAAAUUUACCUCUUAGCAGCAAAGCCUAGUAAAACAACGACGGCCUUAUUUAGGAUACAAAUGAAUUAUCUUAAUGGACCAUUGCUAGCAUUUUUGUUUCCAGAGGUUGACUCCAGGCAGUUGCCAUUCGAAGCCACCAUCUACUGGAUCCAGCAUGGUCUAAUGUUUAUUAUCCCAAUUUAUCUACUAAGAUUAGGAGGUGCCUAUAACAUGGAAGACAUUCUAGACUUUAAGUGGAACAUUAUAGCGUACACGUUGUUGAUUAUUUAUCAUUUUACUGCAUUGCAAAUAUUGUCAGUGAUAUCGCAUAUUAACUUGAAUCAUAUGCUUUGCUCAUCCGCAUCGGAUCCGUUCGAAGGACCUAAUUACAGAUUAGCCGCUUUUGUUCAUCAGGCGUUUCUCUGUCCAUUCCUAUGUAAAUUAUGGUGUAUCUUAUUCACACCUGCAAAAAAUCCGAAUCAAAUUCAACUAGAUGUUAAGAUAAUUACGAAUAGUAGUCAGCCAUUGUACAGUGACUACGAUGGUCAAUUAAUUAAUUCAACGACAUCCUCGUCCGGUAUCGACAAUAACUCAGCAAUAGGAAACAUGGGUGGCACCGGAGUCGGUGUUGUGCCAGCACGGAUUGACGAUCGAAUUAUGACCACCAAAAUCGAUUAGUAUUUAGUAGAAUCUGUAAAAAUGCAUAAUAAUUACUUACUGUAAAAAGAAAAAAAAGAUGAAGGACUACAAAACUUAUGAAUUAAAGACACAACAUUGAGAGUGAUCUAGGUGUAAGGCAGAUACGAGUAGAAAUGGUUUUAAAGCUGUGAAAUGGCGAAAGCAUUAAAAAAAUUGUCUGAUUAGAUAAUAUGGAGGAAAGAGUAGAAAGUUGAUUUCAGUUAUUCUAGAUGAGCUUGGGUGGUUGAACCAUUUCCAAUCUAGACAACUUUCUGUUAAGGGUUGAAGCGGUCAAAAAGCAACCAUACACAUCCUUCACUAUAUCAUAACCUUCGUCAAUUUUAUCUUAGAUCUACUUAAGCCAAUUUCGGACCCCAAUGUUACAUGUGAAAGUUGUACAUACAAAAUACAGAUAUUUGCUUUAAAAUUCACUAAUACAACAUAAACUAGAUUCAAUCUUUUAUUCACUAAAUUAAAUUCAUAAAAUGAAAAUUAACCCAAUUUUAAAGUAUCUUUAGCCACGUUGACAAUAAAUUCUAAUUUAGAAAAGAUUUCUAAAUAAGUUUUUAUAAAAAUGCUAAGAAAAGUAAGAAUUGAUUUGCCCAAAUAUCAUCUAGAAUAAUACUUUUCAACGAACGGGUACGUCUAUUAGAUAUUACUUAGUAGGUUUGGCGUUCGCUUUUUAAUGAAUUUAGUUAUUUUAAUUUAUUGCGAUUUACUUCAACUGAAAUCAAAUCACAAAACUUAAUUCAGUGAUGACAAGAUUGCCUUUUAGAUAUGUAAGUGUAACUAAGUAUAUCGAUUUGACAUACCAAAUGAGUCCAGAUGGUUUUAGAUUAGAGUAGAUACAAUAUUGGCGCAUGUUCGAAAGAGUUGGUGAGUUGAUGGAACUUUAGUGUAAUCUCUCAAAAAUUGACUUUUAACAGUAAAUAGGACGAAAGUAUUAUAGGAAUAAAUUCGAAAGCAGAGUAAUAUUUGACAAUGUAUCUUUCGAUCCAAAAAUUUCUUAUGUUGAAUUUAAGUAGAAUCUGUUGAAAUCCAUUUCUCGCUAUUUCGCUUUUCUCCGUUUCAACCCCC